CCAGCACUGCACUUAGCACGGGGCCAGGGCCUGCAUCACCGGCCUUCUGUAACCUGAGUUGAGGGAAAAAACUUUUCUCACCUUUUUGAUCCUGAACUGUAUUAGGUGCCGUAUUGCUACUCGUGUUGAAUCAAGAAUUGUAGCUGGACAUGGGUCUGGAGGACGAAAAAAACAUGCCGACCGGGUCCGGAGAUCCCAAGGAGGAGGAAGAAGAAGAGGAGGAAUUAGCGAUAGGACUGGCCUUCUGCACGGAUCCCUUAACAACAGUGAGAGAGCAGUGCGAGCAGCUGGAAAAAUGUGUAAAGGCUCGUGAGCGGCUAGAGCUCUGUGAUGAGCGUGUCUCCGCCAGAUCACAUACAGAAGAGGAUUGCACAGAGGAGCUCUUUGACUUCUUGCAUGCAAGGGACCACUGUGUGGCCCACAAAUUCUUCAACAGCCUGAAAUAA